AGUGCUUUCUUUCCCAGUAAAUAAUGCACAGUACGAUUCCGCGACGAGAAAACCUGCUCUCAUUUUCGACUUUUUAGUAAGGCCAAGCGGCCAAGGGUUGGAUUCUCUGGAGUGUCUCAGCAUUUUUGAGACAUUUGCUAAGAGAGAGAGACGAUAUUCACCUAGCACAAGGAGCAAGCAUUCUCUCUCUCAAGGCAGAAAAGUAGCAAGCAUUUUCUCUCUCUCUAGUAAACAUAGGCGGUGGGGAAGAAAUGACAGCUUUUUCUUCGGAGUUGCAGAGCACUCUGAAAGAAGCCCUAAACGCUCUGUAUCAUCAUCCCGACCCCGAAGUUCAGCGCCAAGCUGAACGAUGGCUUCAAGACUUUCAGCGCUCCAUAGAUGCUUGGCAGGUAUCUGAUAGUUUACUUCAUGAUGCCAGCAGCGACCUAGAAAGUCUUAUUUUCUGUUCUCAGACGCUGAAAACUAAGGUGCAGAGAGAUUUUGAGGAACUUCCUUCUGAAGCUUUUCGGCCCUUACGUGAUUCACUAUGUUCAUUGCUCAAAAAGCUCCACAAUGGACCAACGAAAGUCAGAACACAUAUUAGUGUAGCGGUGGCUUCUUUGGCAGUGCAAGUCUCUUCAGAAGAUUGGGGUGGUGGUGGCAUUUUGAACUGGCUAAGAGAUGAAAUAGAUUCUCAUCCGGAGUAUAUACCCAGUUUUCUGGACCUCCUCAGUGUCUUGCCACAGGAGGCAUGUAGCUACAAGACAGCAGCUCGCCCAGAAAGGCGUCGCCAAUUUCAGAAAGAGCUGUUGUCAUCAAUGGAAACUGCUUUGAAUCUCCUAACAUAUUGCUUGAGAAGCAAUGAACUGCAGGAACAGGUUCUGGAUGCCUUCUCUUCAUGGCUUCGGCUAGGCUAUGGAGUUGCUGCUUCUACACUUGCUUCUCAUCCUUUGGUAUUUGCCACUCUUUCAAGUUUGAACUCGGAACAGCUUUCUGAUGCUGCUGUAAAUGCUACUUGCGAUUUGAUACACUAUACAGUAUCAGAAAGCUCAGGUGGGAUAAAUGCACAGAUGCCUUUAAUACAAGUGCUUGUGCCUCUAGUGAUGGGUCUCAGAGAAAGGUUUAGAGCUUCUUUGAAAGAUUUGGAUCAGGAUGAAGAGGAAGUCAAAUCUAUGGCACGCUUGUUUGCAGACAUGGGAGAUUCUUAUGUCGACUUAAUUGCCACUGGUUCUGAUGAAUCGAUGAUGAUUGUGAAUGUGCUGCUGGAAGUUGCUUCACAUCCAGAUUAUGACAUUACUUCAAUGACUUUUAAUUUUUGGCGUAGUCUCCAGGAUAAUUUAACUCGAAAGGAAUCCUACCUAUCAUUUGGAACUGAAGCAGCAGUUGAAGCUGAAAAGAACCGGAGGCUCUCAAUUUUCCGCACGCCAUAUGAAAUGCUUGUGUCCUUGGUCAGUUUUCGAGUUCAGUAUCCAAAAGAGUAUCAGGAGAUGUCAAGAGAGGAUCAAAAAGACUUCAAGCAAACCAGAUAUGCUGUUGCGGAUAUUAUAAUGGAUGCCGCAUCAGUUUUGGGUGGUGAAACAACUUUGAAGAUUCUAUUUGUUAAAUUUUUUGAGGCAGUUGGCAGCAAGGGAAACAAUGAAUCCUGGGAUUGGCGUGUGGCAGAAGGUGCUCUAUAUUGUAUCAGAGCGAUAUCAGAAUAUGUACCUGACUAUGAGGUCGAUAUAAUGCCACAGGUUAUGGCCAUUCUCCCCAAACUACCUCAUCAGCCACAACUACUUCAGACUGCUUGCUUGACAAUUGGAGCAUAUUCAAAAUGGAUAGAUGCCACACCAGUUGCCCUGUCUUUUCUCCCAUCUAUUAUUGAUAUCCUUACUGGAGGAAUGAGUACAUCUGAAGAAUCUGCUUCUGCUGCAGCUGUGGCUUUUAGGAAUGUCUGUGCUGCAUGCCGAGAUAAGUUGUGUGGAUCAUUAGAUGGCCUCUUUCAAAUCUAUCAUAGGGCGGUCAGUGGGGAAGGCGGUUACAAACUGUCCACCGAGGAUUCAUUGCAUUUAGUGGAAGCUUUGAGUAUGGUUAUCACAGAACUGCCACCAGACCAUGCGAAAAAAGCUGUUGAAGCGUUGUGCCUACCAGCUGUAACUCCUUUACAGCAAUUGAUUGGUCAGGCCAUGGAUUCUUCCCAACAAAUUACUGCAAGACAGUUUACUGUUCAUAUUGAUCGUCUUUCAAACAUUUUCCGGUAUGUAAGUCAUCCUGAGGCUGUGGCAGAUGCAUUUCAGAGACUCUGGCCAAUAUUCAAAGCGAUAUUUGAUAACCGUGCUUGGGAUAUGCGGACAAUGGAAUCAUUAUGCAAGGCUUCCAAAUAUGCUGUGCGGACUUCUGGAAGAUUCAUGGGGGUAACGAUUGGAGCUAUGUUGGAGGCGGUCCAAGACAAGUAUCAACAGCAUCAUCAAUCAUGCUUCCUUUAUCUUUCAAGUGAAGUUAUAAAGAUAUUUGGUUCUGAUCCAACUUGUGCAACUUACCUCGGCUCCUUAAUAAAGGCACUUUUUGGCCAUACAACACAUCUACUAAGGAGUAUAAAGGAUUUUACUGCUCGACCAGACAUAGCAGAUGAUUGUUAUUUGUUGGCAUCAAGGUGCAUGCGUUACUGCCCACAUAUCAUUGUUCUCUCCCCUGCUUUUCCACCAUUGGUUGACUGCUCAAUGAUCGGUAUCACCGUACAACACAGAGAAGCUUGCAUGUCGAUCUUGACAUUCUUAUCUGACGUCUUUGAUCUCACAAAUUCUACUGCUGGGGAGCAGUAUCGCUCCACUAUUGACAGCGUGGUAAUUCCAAGAGGUGCAAGCCUCACUAGAAUACUGAUAGCCUCAUUAACGGGUGCACUCCCAACAUCUCGGCUUGAAGAGGUGACAUAUGUGUUGGUUUCGCUUACAAGGACCUAUGGUGCAAAGGUGUUGGAGUGGGCAAAAGAAGCUGUUUCUUUCAUACCAUCCAAUGCUAUAACAGAGGUCGAAAGCUCGAGAUUCCUAAAUGCAUUGUCUCAGGCUGCUAAGGGCGCCGUGUUGUCAGAGCUCUUGGAACCAUUGGAGGAGCUUUCAGAGAUUUGUCGCCGAAAUAGAACUGUGCAAGACAUUGUACAGGGAGCCCUAAAACCUUUGGAACUAAAUUUUGCAGCAGUUUCUUAGCAUGAGUUUGUUUUUGUUUUUCGGCUUUUGUUAUUUGUGUCGGGGAGGAGAAGCAGUGCAGUCCUGCAGGGUUUUAGGCCCUCAGGGAAGAGAGAGAGAGAGAGAGAGAGAGGAGGGAAUCGGUUACUUGGAGAUUGUAUCAUAGGGAAAAGUUCACAUGGUUAUUUUACUCGCCUGUGUCAUGUGUGGGGCUUUGUCGUGUUUAUAUUGGUUAAUUUAUUGUUUUAAUGUUACAAUCAGCAUACACAUGUUCAUUUUGACGUAUUUCAAAAAGAAGUGUAAGAUGUUAAACUUGUAUUAUAUAUUUGUCAUUCAUUGGAAUGGCCAAUUUCUUCUUG